AUGUACAAAGAUCGAGGCGGAGGCAUAAUGGGCAGUGGUGGGUCAUCGAGAUCGGACCUCCUCACCGGAGCUAUAGAUCGGAAACGGAUCAACGAAGCUUUAGACAAACAUCUCAAGAAAACUUCGCCUUCCACUUCUAAAGGCAAAGACUCAAACCCUUCAACCUCCACCGCUAAAUCUCACCUUCCGGAUCAAUCUGAAACCGAUAGCGAGGAAGAAGGAUCCGACGUGAGUGGCUCGGAAGGUGAUGACGACACGUCGUGGAUCUCGUGGUUCUGCAGCUUGAGAGGGAACGAGUUUUUCUGUGAAGUGGAUGAGGAUUAUGUGCAGGAUGAUUUCAAUCUCUGUGGGUUGAGUGGUCAAGUUCCUUACUAUGAUUAUGCACUUGAUCUCAUCUUAGAUGUUGAGUCAUCAAACAGUGAUAUGUUUACUGAAGAGCAGAAUGAGCUGGUGGAAUCUGCUGCUGAAAUGUUGUAUGGUCUUAUUCAUGUUCGUUACAUUCUUACAACUAAAGGAAUGGCUGCUAUGUUGGAGAAGUACAAGAACUAUGAUUUUGGGAGAUGUCCGAGAGUGUUCUGCUGCGGGCAGCCUUGUCUUCCGGUUGGGCAGUCUGAUAUACCAAGGUCGAGCACGGUGAAGAUAUACUGCCCUAAAUGCGAGGAUGUUUACUACCCGCGAUCUAAAUACCAAGGCAACAUUGAUGGAGCUUACUUUGGGACUACUUUCCCACAUUUGUUUCUCAUGGCUUAUGGGAACUUGAAGCCUCAGAAACCGACUCAAAGCUACGUUCCUAAAAUCUUUGGAUUUAAGGUGCACAACAAGCAAUGAUAUGCUCUCUCUCCUCUCACCAGUCGAAUGAGUUAACGCAAUCUCGGUGGCUCAACACUUCCUCUUGAUGGUCGCCGGAUUUUAAAAGGCAUCAAUACUAGAUUGUGGUUGGGGAGAAUGAGAAGAGCUUAUGACAAAAGGUCAAAUGUAUGUAAUUUUGGAAGAAACUGAAGCUUAUAUAUAGAAUGGUUGGGAGAGAGGAAAACAUAGGGUCUUGGAAAUUAUUUUCCUGUGGUGGGGAUUCAAUUAAAUCAUUUACAGAUGUGGUUUUAAGUUUGCUUAACUGUUGUGUAUAAUAAAAAAAUACUUGAUGAGAAAUUUUCAAAGAUUUCUCAUUGUUGUUUAGAGUUUCUUGUGUUCUAAGCAACUCAGCCAUAACUUUUAUAUUCAACUCUUUAGUUCUAGUA